GACCUAUCCAGUUCAAAAACAAAAAUGGUUACGUUGCAUUGUUCAGACAGAGAAGAUGGCACACGUGUCAGGGUUGUUGACACACCCGGUGUUAUGGACACUGUUAAAUCAAAUGACCAAACACUUGCCAAAAUUUAUGAGGCAAUGAGUUUGUGUCCCAACGGAUUCAACGCACUGAUUUUGGUCAUGAAAUUUGGAUGUAGAUACACAAAAGAGGAAAAAGACAGUUUGAAUGUUUUAAAAACAUACUUUGGAUCCACAUUCCUUAAAGACUUUGGUAUUGUUAUCAUGACUAAAGGUGAUAGUUUUGACCUGGAACACGCAAAUAAUAAAAUGACAUUUAGAGAUUGGCUAGAGCUACAGAACAAAGAACAAGGUAACCAGGUUGCUCAGGUUCUCCAAGAAUGCAACGGCAGGUGUGUUUUGUUCUACAAUAUUGGAAAAAAAUUUGAUGCUAAAAAAAAUCUGUGUGUAACCGAACUUUUAAACAUAGUUAAAGCUGAAAUACACAGUCCUUAUAAUAGUGAACACAUUAGAGAGGCAAAGGUGAUGAGGGAAAAAGUAAUAAAUAAGCUGAACACACCAAUUCUACACACAACGGUCCAAGAGAGACUCAGCCUGCUCAUUGAGCAAAUUCAGAGAGACAUAAAAAACAAAACACUUUCAUAUGAAGCAACAUUGGCAAAGCUUAAUGCACUUGAUAAAGAAUUCGUUAGUGUUAAAGGGGGAUUCAAAGAGUUAACUCAAUACGUGGCUAUAAAAGCAUCUAUCGACAAUAUAAGAAGUAGACUGCAACAACUUCGUUCAAUUAAAGACAAAAAUAAACAAAAUGAUGAGCUAAUGAUAAUAUUAAAAGAACUAGAAAUUUGGAAGGUCCUUCCAGAGGAAUGCGGGGCUUUUACGUCAGAAUUUCUUGAAGUGAUGCAAUCAACGCUUAACAUUUUUAAAAAUAGUUUAGUGGUUCCCAAAGAAAGAGAAAAUGAAUCAAAAUGUAUAAUUGACCUUCCACUUGAUUAACUAAAGCAAACAAAUUAAUAAGUAAAGUGAGGCCACGAAACGUAAGCUGGGUCGUAAGAAAGUUUUGACCCUGGUAGUUAACUAUAAACCUCGCCACAUGUCCAUUUUUGGCAAAUGUGCCGUUAUUUACGAUUAAAACCAAAGUGUUUGUUGAAUGUUUCAUGGCAACACUAAGAAACUGAAACAUAACGUAGAUUUUUAUUUGUAAAUUUUACACCCACCCACGCACUCAUACACACACAAACAUACACACACAUAAACACACAUACACACAUGCAUAUCUACAUAGAUAUGUACUUGUUUAAAUAUUCGGCUUAGUCCAGGUUUCAUUUACUCACUGCAGCCCAGUCCAAAAUAUGUCAUAGAAUGUAUUGCUAGAGGGAGCCCGAAAACAUCAUUUUGAUACACAUUCCAGGUAAAAUUUCAAUAACUGUAAACUGAGUGUAGGGACUGGUCAAUAAAGUGCAACAGAAAUCAUUGAAUUUGGGAAGUUAAACUGUAACAGUUGUGUAAGUAAAAUUGUUCAACAAAUUUGGUAGAUAUUGCCCUUUUUAUUAGUUUUAAAAUUAGGGAGUUAGCUUGAGAAAUGAAUAAACACAGCUUAUCCUCUUCCUAUCUUACUGAACUUCUUUCUGUCUCUCUACCCCUUCAAAAGCUUCGGGCCUCCGCAGACGCGCGCAUUCUUUCUGUUCCCAGAACACGCAUUAAAAUAUACUCUAAAUGAUCUUUCUCUUUCUGUGCCCCCCAACAAUGGAAUUCUCUUCCAUUACACAUCAGAAUUAUACCGACUAUCCCAGCCUUCAUAACUGCCCUCAAUACCCAUCUCUUCAAACUCUACCAUGCCGACUCAUUCCCACCCCAUCUAAAUGAUAAACAACGCUCGAUUCUGCUGUGUGCUGUCCGUGGCUAGACAGGGGUAGAUAGUACUGGGGUGGGUGAGGUCAAGCUUUUUUCAAAUUGUUGUUUUUAAAUGUAUAAUUUUCUGUCACUGCUAAAUCUUACUGAAGCGCAUUGAGCCUAGCUUGGGUAAUGCGCUAUAUAAAACCACCUUAUUAAUAAUAAUACUAAUGAUAAAUUGUAUGCGUUAUCUUUUUAAAAGUGCCACAUCUCUAUCCUUUAGAUCAGGCGUCACCAAACAUUUUUCACCAAGGGCCGGACAACGGACAAAAUGACGAGCGCGGCCGUAUAAUACUUGCAAGCCAGAACGAAAGCUCUGGGAAAAAAAUACGAAAAACUAAGUUUAUUAUUCAAUGUUAAACAUGGGGUGAGUGGCGUGCAAUGUACAAAAAACAAAUCACACCUGGUGCGCAAAUGUUCAAAUCUCACAAUGUUAGCAGCAUAAAGGCAAGUGAGAUUUAUGAAACUAACGUUUGGCUUUGAAAAUAUCAUCAUUGUUUAUUUCGAAAUUGUUGCAUCCAAUCAAUAGAAUUGUUUUUAAAUAUUCAUCAGUCACUCUCGUUAGAUGUGUUAACUUCACAAACUUCAUUUUUGAAAAUUUUUGCUCAUAGACAAACGUUGUUCCAAACACCGAAACCAUAACAGCGGAAAUUUCUUCAGUUUUGGAAACUCAGCAUCAGGUUAGCAGUAGUAAAAUCAACACGUUUUCCACUAGCACAUAAACCAGUUUACAAACAAAUGGAUUUUGUUAAAGGAAGAUCGAGGUUGGCAUCGUCUUCGCUAAACUCUUUAAAACAGUGAAAAAAGAGUAAAGUUUUUUCCUUCCAGUUGUGCUUCAAAUAACAGCUUUCUCCGAAAUCCUUUGAUGAUUCGAUAGAGAUCAAAGAUGAGGUUUUCCUUUCCUGAAGUUUCAAGGUCACUUCAUUCAUGUGGGAUGUGAUGUCGACUAAAAAUGACAACUUUGACAGCCAGGUAGGAUCUGAUAGCCAGGUAAGAUCUGACAGCGAGGUAGGAUCUGAAAACCGUGGAUCAAGCUGUGACCGAUGGAAAACAAACUCAUUGCCUCAGCUCUACCUUUUUUCAGUGAAAAACAUCUAUUUCAUUUUGGAGUUUGUGAAAACCUAAAUGGAUUUUACCGCAUCUGAGCCCCCUCGAUGCUGUGUGAUAAGGCAAGUUACAUAUAUCAGAAUCAAUUUGUUCAAGAAAAGCCUGGAAAUGACUGUGAUUGGGCGCAUGUCCCCG